GAAAGAGAGCUCAUGUUUUGCUUCCAUUAAUUUAAUUUUAUUUGGACUUCUGCAUCAAUCCUUCUCUCACCUCACUUACAGAAGAAGGGAGCUCCAAACCCCUCAGCAGCAUGAACAAGACCAAGGGAGCUUUUGAUAGCCCAGAACUUUGGAGCCCAGGUUGCACGCAGAGUAGCACCUCCCUGACCAGUCUGGCACCACCCUUUGCAUUUGGACAGCAGGCUAUGGACACAGCCCUGAAUGUAAUCCUUAUCACUGUCCUCCUUGUCAUCAUGCUGUCUCUGGGAUGUACAAUGGAGAUAGCCAAGAUCACAGCUCACCUCAGGAGACCUAAAGGUGUGGCAAUAGCCAUAUUGGCUCAGUACAGUAUCAUGCCCUUGACAGCAUUCGUAUUGGGCAAGCUCUUCCAGCUGGGCACCUCAGAAUCCCUGGCCAUCCUCAUCUGUGGCUGCUGCCCAGGGGGAAACCUCUCCAACAUCUUUAGCCUGGCACUGAGAGGGGACAUGAACCUCAGUGUUGUAAUGACAGCAUGCUCCAUGGUCCUGGCAACUGGAUUAAUGCCACUGCUUCUGUACCUUUACUCGGGAGGACUGUAUGAGGGUGAUUUGGAGGGCAAGGUACCUUACAAAGGAAUAAUCACCUCCCUGGUGCUCAUGCUAAUCCCCUGUGCCAUCGGCAUCAUCUUGAAUGAGAAGAAACCACAGUACACUGGCCUUAUCACCAAGGCAGGGAUGGUUAUGCUUCUACUGUCAUCUGCUGUUAUAAUUGUUCUGUCUGUGGCCAAUAUGGGAAGCUGUAUCAUGGUUGUCUUCUCACCACCUCUCCUGGGAACUUCUGCCUUAAUGCCGCUCACUGGAUUCCUGCUGGGCUACGCUGUCUCUGCAGCCUUCAAGCUUGAUGACCGGUGCAGGCGGACAGUGUGCAUGGAAACUGGCUGCCAGAACGUACAGCUUGGCUCAGCUAUCCUCAAGGUCGCCUUUGCCCCAGAGAUCAUUGGCCCCCUGUACUUCUUCCCACUACUCUACUUGCUGUUCCAGCUUGGAGAAGGAUUUCUGCUCAUCCUGGUCUUUCGGAUCCACGACAGAAUAAAGCAAGCCAAUGGCAAGUACAGCUUUGCUCCUUCAUUUCUUACACUUUCCUUGCUAAACCAUACAUGCUUACAAUGUAACUACUGAUGCAUCGCUGCUUUAUAAAGGCAGAAUCCAGUUGCUCUUUAACUAGGGAUUACAUACCCAGCACAUUAAAUUCAAAUCAGAAUCAAAAAUUCAGAGGUAACUGAAGACCUUAGAAAUUCCAUGGACUUCUUGCAUCAGCAGGAUGUUUCAUACAGCUGCAUAUUAUCAAAACUAUCAAUGCUCAGGUUUUCACAGUCUGGUGCUCUAAGCUACAGUGGACACCCUGUGAAAGUCAUGACUUGCACUGAGCAUAUGCAAAGAACAGAGGUGUUUGCGUGUGGCUAAAACUACACAAAAACAUAACAUAUUCUUUAAUGCAAAGAAUCCCAGCUUUGCUUCAAGCUGUUAAGUGAUUCCCUGAGAGGACAGAACUGCCAAAUACUGCAGCCAAAGGAACAAAACAUUUGGGUCUUUUGCUAGAAAAGUACAUAAAGAGAUUGAAACUUCAUUUUAAAAUAUAUACAAUAUUGGUACAGAUGUGGAAUAGACUCUUCUCCAACUCCAGCAGGUUCCUAAUUCCAAGCUCAGCUGACUGCACAGAUGGCUGAAGAGAUCCUCCACCCCUCUGAUGCUGCCAGUCCAGCUUUUCUCCACUUCCUUGAGAGAGAUGCAGCAGAGUAGCUGCUACAGAGCUGCUUCAGGAUCACUUUACCACAUCUCAUAGCUAGACUGGAGGACAAUUUAAUUUUGGAGGGCGGAGGGGGGACACAACACACACUCAUUUGGACCCUUAGGUGUAUGUUCAGAGCAAAGCAGUUGAUACUGGAAACAGAUAUGCAGGUGCUGGCAAGACUAUAACAAAAAGGUUGUAUUCCAGCCUCCGGGUCAUAAAUGACUGGAAACAAACUGGCUUCAGUCUUUCAGCAGGAAUCCCAAGUUCCUUCCUCUUGUUUUAAAUGAUCCAGUAAUUCCAGUUGUAGCUGUCACAAUCUUUCCCUAACCUGGCUUCAGAAUUGCCUAUUCUCACAUUUUUCUCUUUCUUCAGAUGGAGCAAAAAUUAUCUGUGCAGGUGUGGACAUAUUUAGUGCUCCAGAAAUGAAAUCAGUGUCAAGACAUUGCACAAACAGUGGAAAACCAGGAAAACAAUAUAUGGAUUCUACAGCAGCUGCUCUCACAAGCCUCCAAGCUCUACCUUCCGCAGCCAGCUCAUAGGUGUCCGGCUGUUCUGUCAACUUACCGAUACGCACACUUCACAGCGGUCACAGAGCCAUCUGCACCCACGCUGCCAUUCCCCAAAGACCUUGCUCCAGACUAAGCCUCGCUCUGUCAGCUCAGAAAGGAGGAGACUUUCAGUGACUUCAAAGUCAUUGUGACAACCCCUUGGGACAGCUGAAAAACAUGCCAAGUGACUGUCCCCAUUUUACCUGUAAGAAAAUCACUGCCUACAUCAGUUCCCUUUCUUAAUUUCACUUACCUGUAACUGUAUGGAAGCAGAUCCUGACAUUAAUGUAAUUUCUCUAACAGGCCCAGAAUGAGCUGUGAGUUUCUCCAUGCAGAAGCCAGUGAGAUCAAAUGCACAGCCAAGCAGCCCACGGGCUGUUGGUUUCUCCCAUCGUCCAACAGGUACCACCGAUCCCCCAGAGCAGAGGCCACACAAACCGUGAUCAUGGCUACACAAACUGCCUUUGUAUGCUGAGUUUGGGCCCAGCAAGCUGUACCUCCAACACCAGAUGAACCUUAAAUGUGCCUUCUUUUGUAGUGGUCAGAGAACUCAGCACCAUAACUGUUCUAGACACCACCUAAGUAUGGUCACACUACACACACAGUACCAGGAAAGACUGGCAUCAACAUCUCCAAUGUCCAGACUAUGCCUUGUAACCCAAAGUAGUUCAUCUUAAUUAAGAAUAAA